AUGGGCCGAUCACGAGCCGUUUAUCAAGAUUGUGGACCCGUCCCGCGCUCCCAAACACCAACGCACGCCGGAGAUUGUGGUGCAUCCGUUUGUGAUAUGUGA